CCUCGAAUCUCCGAUCUCCCUCCGUCUCCAUCAAAUGACCAAUAGGAAAAAAAAAAUUAUUUAAUUUUUUUUUUAAAAAAGAAAACAAAGAAGGAAGCAAACGGCAGCCGAAGAAGUCCACAACUUCUUUCUCGAGCCCUUCCUCCUCGUCUCCGAUUCCGUUAAUUGCGAAAAAAAAUGGAAUCGGCCUUCGCCCUGCAGCACCAUCCUCCGCCGCGCCCGCCGCCGUUCUGCCAUUUCUCCUUCCCUUCCUCGCUCUCUCGCCCUCACUCGCUUUUCCUCCGCCACAGGAAGUUCCCGCACUGCUUAUUCCGAUGUCUCCAAGCGCAGCAGCAGGAGGCGGCUGCGCCGGCUACCUCGGAAGGCAAGAGGAAGGGGAAGGUGAGGAGGAACAGUGGGAGCCGAGGUAAGGCGUUGACUAACAAAAGGACCGCCGCCGGCGAAGCCGCCGUCGCGGUGGCGAGGCCGAGGAGCGAGAGGAAGGAGGAGGUGAGCUUGGAGUCGCUUCAACAGAAAGGAGAUCCACUGGGAUGGAGGGAUCUCGGGAAGAGCGUUGUGAAGUGGAUAUCCCAGGGGAUGAAGGCAAUGGCGUUGGAUUUUGUUGCCGCGGAGUCGCAAGGGGAGUUCGAGGAGCUGAAGCAGAGGAUGGGACCUGGUCUGACGUUCGUGAUGCAGGCGCAGGCUUACUUGAACGCGGCUCCUAUGCCUCUAGGGCUCGAGUCCGUUUGCUUGAAGGCUUGUACGCAUUACCCGACGCUCUUUGAUAAUUUCCAGAGGGAGUUGCUGGAAGUUCUUCGUGGUAUGCAGGAGAAAGGCUCGGUUGAGGAUUGGCGUCAGACCGAGUCCUGGAAGUUCUUCAAGUAUCUUGCCAAAUCAGCUCAGCAUAAGGAAAUUGCGAGGAAGAUAACGCAGCCCAAGCGUGUGCAAGGAGUUUCAGGUAUGGAUUUGGAAAAGGCCAAGGCCAUACAAGAGAGGAUUGAUGAUUUCACAAAGAAAAUGUCAGAGCUGCUUGUGGUGGAGAGGGAUGCUGAAGUUGAGUAUACUCAGGAGGAGUUGAAUGUUGUCCCCACCCCAGAUGAAAACUCUGAAUCUAGUGGCCCGAUCGAGUUCUUGGUUACUCAUGGGCAGGCUCAACAAGAGCUCUGUGACACCAUCUGCAACUUGUAUGCAGUUAGCAGCUCUGUAGGGUUAGGAGCAAUGAACUUGGUAUUGUUUAGGACCGAUGGGAAUCAUCUAUUGCCGCCAACAAACCUUACUCCUGGGGAUAUGGUCUGCGUGAGAACAUGUGAUAGCAGGGGCGCAGUUGAAACCUCUUGUUUGCAAGGAUUUAUACAUAACCUUGGAGAGGAUGGCUGCAGCAUAAGUGUGGCCCUAGAAUCUCGUCAUGGAGAUGCCACCUUCUCUAAGCUGUCUGGCAAGAGUGUGCGCAUUGAUCGUAUUCAGGGACUUGCAGAUGCUCUCACAUAUGAGAGAAACUGCGAGGCAUUGAUGCUGCUUCAGAAGAAUGGCUUACAGAAGAAAAACCCUUCAAUCGCUAUUGUGGCUACGCUAUUUGGUGACAAGGAAGAUGUUGAAUGGUUGGAACAGAAUAAUUUAGUGAGUUGGGAUGAGUUAAAUUUGGAUAAAUCCAUGAUAGACACAAAAUUCGAUGAUUCACAGCAGAGAGCAAUUGCCUUGGGUUUGAAUAAGAAAAGACCGGUACUUCUAAUUCAAGGGCCUCCUGGUACUGGCAAGUCAGGCUUGCUUAAGGAAAUUAUCACACUUGCAGUUGAACAAGGUGAAAGGGUACUUGUUACAGCACCAACAAAUGCUGCAGUAGACAAUAUGGUGGAAAAACUCUCAGAUUUCGGAUUAGACAUUGUGAGAGUCGGGAAUCCUGCACGUAUUUCCUCGGCUGUAGCAUCAAAGUCUUUGGGAGAGAUAGUGAACUCAAAGCUUGCAGCAUAUAGAGCUGAGCUCGAGAGGAAGAAGUCCGAUCUAAGAAAAGACCUGCGGUAUUGUCUGAAGGAUGAUUCUUUAGCUGCUGGCAUACGGCAGCUUUUGAAACAACUGGGAAGGGCACUCCAGAAGAAGGAGAAGGAAACCAUAAAGGAAGUGCUAUCGACUUCCCAAGUGGUGCUAGCAACCAACACUGGAGCUGCUGAUCCACUCAUAAGAAAGCUGCCUACAUUUGAUCUGGUUGUAAUAGAUGAGGCAGGGCAGGCAAUCGAACCAUCUUGUUGGAUUCCAAUACUCAAGGGCAGACGUUGCAUUGUUGCAGGUGACCAGUGCCAGCUUGCUCCGUUAAUUCUAUCCCGAAAGGCCCUGGAGGGUGGCCUGGGGAUUUCACUAUUGGAACGAGCUGCAUCUUUACACGAAGGGCUCCUCACAACCACAUUAAGAACACAGUACCGUAUGAAUGAUGCGAUAGCCAGCUGGGCUUCCAAGGAGAUGUAUGGUGGAUUGUUGGAGUCCUCUCCCGUUGUUGCUUCCCAUCUUCUCGUGGAUUCUCCUUUUGUGAAGCCAACAUGGGUGACUCUAUGCCCACUGUUGCUACUAGACACAAGGAUGCCGUAUGGAAGUUUGUCAGUGGGAUGUGAAGAGCAUCUGGACCCAGCCGGAACAGGCUCUUUUUACAACGAAGGGGAAGCUGAUAUCGUCGUGGAACAUGUGCUCUCAUUGAUAUACGCUGGCGUCAGACCGGCGGCGAUAGUGGUUCAGUCACCUUACGUUGCUCAGGUACAGCUGCUGAGGGAUAGGUUGGGAGAACUGCCGGAGUCUGGCGAUGUUCAGGUCUCAACCAUCGACAGCUUCCAAGGGCGGGAGGGCGAUGCAGUAAUUAUCUCAAUGGUCCGAUCCAACACGCUGGGAGCGGUGGGGUUCUUGGGCGACAACAGGAGGAUGAAUGUGGCGAUCACGAGGGCAAGGAAGCACGUAGCGGUGGUGUGCGAUAGCUCGACGAUCUGCCACAACAGCUUCCUGGCUCGGCUGCUCCGCCACAUCCGCUACUUCGGGAGGGUGAAGCAUGCUGAGCCGGGGACCUUCGGCGGCUCCGGCCUCGGGAUGGAUCCCAUGCUGCCGUCCAUUGGGUAA